AGGGAUCGAACCCGUGCACCCUGCAUUGGGAAGAUGGAGUCUGAACCACUGGACCAACGGGGAAAUUCCUGAUUUCUCUUUUAAUUCGCAGGUGCGGUGAAUAUAAAUCCUCUGAGUGCAAGGCCAUGGCAGAGAAACGCUCCAUGGGCAGCAGCAUUAACCUCCCCUACAGAGACCUGGCCUCCGAGGUGACCAAGCGCCGAAUCACCAUGACCAUGAGAGAAGAGAGAUUUACCAAGAAAAGUGAUGAAGCCGGGGAGAUACCCUCAGAUAUGGAUUUGGGACAAGCUCGUCCUCCUAGUGCAGCUGGCUCCGAAGUACCCCCAGCCCCACCUCCUUCUCCAACUGAAGACUCCAAAGUUUCCUUCUUAAGCACCUAAAACAUCAACCAUUUUGAACUAGACUUUGACAGAAAACUCCAAAAAACAGUUUCCGUGAAGUCACUGGGGUUGGCUUUGAA